UUCAUCACUAUCUUGAUGGACGAGAUUUCAUCAUUGAAACUGAUCAUUGUCCAUUAUGUGAUUUUCACAGAAAGAAAUCGGCAAAUGGCCGAAUAGACCGAUGGUCAAUCAAAUUAUCUGAGUUCAACAUUAUUGCCAUCAAACAUAAACGAGGUAAAUGUAAUUGCGAUGCAGAUUUACUGUCGAGAUAUCCCAUUGACACAAACAAUGUUGAUACUCAGACUACAACAAGAACAUGUCUUGAGCAAAAUGUUCAAUUUGGUGGCUGUUGUGGUGCAAUUACACGAUCAAUGAAACAAUUAGUCGAUAAUAAACUAUUAACAACACCAGCAGCUGUGACACGCACCCGUAAUGAAUUACCACAGGCAUCAUCAGCUACAAACGACCAGGGUAAUUUGCCACCCAUUGCACAAAUAUUCCCCUUUGAACAACACAAAAUUAAAGCGGGCCAACAACACGACGCAUACAUUCAACAAAAGAUCCACAAAGUUAGUCUGGAACCCAACAGCGAUUCAUUACUUAAAGACGGUGUUUUAUACAAAUGUCUUACAAGAAAUGGUCAAGACAUUCAAGUGCCAUAUGUACCAGCAGCGAUGGUACACCAAUUAUUGUACCAUGCGCACGAUCACCCCACAGCAGGUCAUUUUGGUCGAGACAAAACAUGGAACAAUUUGAAAAAUAUAUGGUACUGGCCGAAAAUGUACAACAGCAUUCAAAAUUACAUCAAAUCGUGUGACCAAUGUGCAAGAUUUAACAUUAGACGAUCGAAACAACCUGGUCACUUACAACCUAUUAAAGCUCCUGAAGGUGUAAUGGAGAUGAUUGGCCUUGACUUCUGUGGUCCAACUCAAAUGACAGAAAACGGCAAUCGAUACAUUAUUGUGGCCACGGAUUACCUGUCCAAAUACGUCAUUGCCAAAGCAACACCUGACUGCAUAGCAAAGACAGCCGCGCAAUUCCUGGUACAUGAUGUUUCAUACAAGUUCGGCAUCCCUAAUCAAAUUUUGACCGAUAAUGGUUCACAUUUCGUGGCAGAAAUAUUUCAACAUGUGGCGAAAUUAAUGGGAUGUAACCGAAUCCUGGCAACUCCGUACCAUCCACAAACAAAUGGGCAAGUGGAAAGGUUUAACAAUGAAGCCAAAAUUGUCCAUAUUACAAGAACAACAUGA